UAACUAUUCUUCCUCUUGCCCCCUUUCAACGGCGGCUUUUUAUUUGCUUUAAGCAAAACACGUUGUUUAUAAAAAUUAUAACAUAGACAAGCGAUCAUGGCCACUGAGGCGGCCACCCCCCGGAUCCAACUGGGCGACUACAUCGUCAUCCAGCGGCAGAAGUACACGAAGCUGCAGAAAUUUGGCAGUCUGGACACCACAGCAACUUUGGGCAAAGAGACUCUGGAGCUAAAGGCGCUUUUGGAACAGCCCUACGGCUCCACGUUCAAGAUGUGCGUCAAGGAGACAAAGCCCGGCAAGAGGGGAGCCCAGAGGCAGCACACCCUUGAACUGUGCAGCGAAACGGAGCUGAGAAGCACGCGGGAGGUUUUGGGAAUCUCCAGCAGUGGGGCGGACAACCGAGACAUCUGCGACGAUGGUGAAGCGCAGACCCUAAAGCCCGAAGACAUCGCACAACUGCGUGAGGCGUGCAACGACUCCAGCAAGAUCAUAGAGAAACUGGUGGAGAACUCGAAGACCUUCCACAACCGCACCGAAUACUCCCAAGAGAAGUACCUGCUAAAGAAAGAGAAAAAGUACUUUGAGUUCGUGCAGAUCCGCCAGCCGACAAUCCGGCUGAUGCUGGACAUCUUCUACCGCCAAGACUCGGAAAAGGUCAUGGGAAUUCGUGUUGACACACUGUCACAGAUCAUAUCCUACUCGGGAGUCUGCGGGUUCGGUAACUACCUGCUCUACGAGAGCGGCACCAACGGUCUGCUGCCAGCGGCCAUGCUCAAUUCAAUAGGGGCAGACACGGAGGGUACCCUAGUGCACAUGCAUCCGGGCAAUGUGCCCCAGAAGCAGGCACUUCUGGCCCUGAAACUGCCUCUGGAACAGCAGCAGCGGUGUGUGUCCGUGAACCUAUACUCCGUUUUGAGGGAGUUCUACCAAGGAAGCGAGGCGAAGGCAACAGAUCUUCCAGUUAUGGAAACCAGCCAAGAGGAACAGGAAACCCAGCCGGAGACCCCAACAGAAGAACAGACGGAUGCGAUCGAACCGAUCACAAAAAAGCCCAAGCUUGAAGAGGCGAAGAAUGGCAGAGAAGGAGCCAAAGUACCUCCCCGCUGGCAUUUGGAGAACAAGCGGGCCACAGCUCUUAUGCACGCUGAAUUUGACAGUCUGGUAGUGGCCGCCAAGGAGCACCCGUCUAGCAUUCUACAGGCCUUGCUUCCCCUGGUCAAACCCUCACGACCCGUGGUGGUAUUUAGUACGUGCAAGGAGUUACUGCAGGAAACGUACAUGGAGUUGAAGGGCACCGGCAAAGUGACGGGUCUGCACUUGACCUCCAACUGGCUACGCACCUACCAGAUCCUGCCUAACCGCACACAUCCCGAGGUGAACAUGAGCGGAAACAGUGGAUACCUUCUGACGGGCUAUACGCUAAGAUAGUUGUGCGACUCCCAAAUAUAUGUAAGCCUUUGUUUUGAUAAUA